AUGGGACGUCUUCAAGUCGCUAUAGAUCGAGGUGGAACAUUCACGGAUGUAGUAGCACGCACGUCGGAUGGUAAAAUUGUGACAAUGAAAUUAUUGUCGGAAGAUACAGAGAAGUAUAAAGAUGCUCCAACAGAAGCUAUUCGUCGAUUAUUAAAACAAGAAUCGUUUCCAUUGAAUGCAACUGAUGUUGAUUGGAUACGUAUGGGAACAACAGUGGCAACGAAUGCGUUACUGGAACGGAAAGGUGAACGUGUUGCUCUUUUAGUAACAAAAGGUUUUCGUGAUCUUCUCUAUAUUGGAAAUCAAUCGCGGCCAAAGUUAUUUGAUUUGACUAUUCGUAUAUCUGAUGUACUUUAUGAAGAAGUUGUCGAAGUUCAAGAAAGAGUGGUGCUUUGUCGAGAUGACUGUAAGCUAAGCAAUGAAAUGCGUGGGAAAAACGAACAGAAAACCACAACAACUGGAGAAAAGAUUGAAGUCUGGCAAGCUGUAGAUGAAGAACAAUUACGUAAAGAUUUGAGCAUCAUCAAAGAAAAGGGCAUUUCCUCGAUUGCAGUUGCUCUGCUACAUUCAUACUGUUUUCCCGAUCAUGAAUUGCAUGUGGGUACAAUUGCCCAUGAUAUGGGCUUCACCAAUAUUUCGCUAUCGCAUCAAAUUAUAGCAAUGCAAAAAUAUGUUCCACGAGCCCAUACAGCGUGUACGGAUGCGUAUUUGACACCGUGUUUAAAACGUUACAUUGAUACGUUUUCGAAUGCAUUCAAAAAAGGCAAACUCGAUGAUCUUAAUGUGUUGUUCAUGCAAUCGGAUGGAGGCUUGACGCCAGUAGAAAAAUUUUCAGGAUCUCGAGCCAUUCUCUCUGGACCAGCAGGUGGUGUGGUUGGAUACUCUGUGACAAGCUAUAUCGAUUCUCAGCCAGUCAUCGGCUUUGAUAUGGGCGGAACAUCGACUGAUGUCAGUCGAUUCGAUGGUUCACUUGAUCAUGUUUUGGAAAGCACAAUUGCAUCAGUUACUAUUCAAGCACCACAGUUAGAUAUCAAUACGGUAGCAGCUGGUGGUGGCAGCAUAUUAAGUUUUCGGUCAGGUCUUUUCCGAGUUGGUCCAGAAUCGGCUGGUGCACAACCUGGUCCCGCUUGCUAUAGAAAGGGUGGACCACUAACCGUUACCGAUGCAAAUUUAGUUUUGGGUCGUCUAAUAGCUGAACAUUUUCCGGCCUUAUUUGGACCAAAAGGAAAUGAACCCUUGGAUCCUCAAGCCUCGUUAACUAAAUUCACCGAACUAGCCGAAACUAUCAAUUCGUUUCUAAAAGAGAAUAACAAGAAAACCCUGAGUAUCGAAGAGAUAGCUCUCGGAUUUGUCCAUGUUGCCAAUGAAAGUAUGAGCCGUCCGAUUCGAGCGUUAACUGAAGGAAAAGGUUUCGAUCUCCGCGAUCAUGUAUUGGCAUGUUUUGGUGGUGCUGGCGGUCAACAUGCUUGUGCUAUCGCUCGCGCUCUGGGCAUGAGAACCGUUUUUGUUAGUCGUUUCGCCGGUGUUCUCUCAGCAUUGGGUCUAGCUCUUGCCGAUGUCGUCCAUGAAAUGCAAGAACCAUGUGGAAAAACAAUUGACUCCAAUAGUUGGUCGAAUAUUACCGAUCGUUUGAAGCAUCUUUCGAACUGUGGAAUAGAAGAACUUGGCAAACAAGGCCAUGAUCGUAAAUCUAUUGUCAUUGAAAAGUUCUUGAAUCUUCGAUACGAAGGAACGGAUUGCGCAUUGAUGUGUACCAGUAGUGAAGACACACCUGAAUCAUUUACGGAUGUAUUUCUCAAGAAGUACAAAGAUCAAUUUGGUUUCGUUCUUCCCGGUCGACCUAUUAUUACGGAUGAUAUUCGUGUACGUGCUUUGGCGAAAUCAGCUAUGGAUAUUGAUCGAAAAAUCGAUAUUCGGCCGAAUGAUAAAUCAAUAAAAGAAUCAAGGAAAGUCAAAUGCUAUUUUGAGCAAGGUUUUGUUGAAACACCAGUUUAUCUGAUUGAAGAUUUGUAUGCAAACGACAAAAUAUCUGGUCCUGCAGUUAUCAUUGAUCCUAGUUGUACCAUUCUCGUUGAACCAAGCUGUGAAGCAACAGUGACAGACUGCGGUGAUAUUCGCAUCGCAAUUGAGCAUAUUAAAGAUGAUACAAACUCAACAGAAUUGGAUCUAAUUAAAUUAUCAAUUUUCCAAAAUCGUUUCAUGAGUAUUGCUGAACAGUGUGGACGGGUUCUUCAAUUGACUGCUAUUUCGACAAACAUCAAAGAACGUUUAGACUUUAGUUGUGCUGUCUUCGGUUCAGAUGGCGGGUUAGUUGCGAAUGCUCCCCAUAUACCAGUACAUCUUGGAGCUAUGCAAGAAGCUGUUCAAUACCAAAUGCGUUCAAUUGGAAAAGAUCUACGUGAUGGUGAUGUAAUUCUGACAAAUCAUCCAGCUGCAGGAGGUAGUCAUUUGCCAGAUUUGACUGUCAUUACACCAGUCUUUCAUGAGAAUGACAAAGAAAAACCGGUAUUCUUUGUCGCAAGUCGUGGUCAUCAUGCAGACAUUGGUGGUUUAACGCCAGGUUCGAUGCCACCGAAUUCGACAACUCUUUUGCAGGAAGGUGCACAGUUUAUGUCAUUCAAAAUUGUUGAACAAGGUCAUUUUAAGGAAGAAGAAUUAACAGAACGAUUGAAUGAGCCUGGAAAACUAGAAAAUUGUUCCGGCACUCGAACAUUAAUGCAUAAUAUUGCUGAUUUAAAAGCUCAAAUCGCUGCAAACCUUAAAGGAGUUAAGCUAGUGCAAGAGCUAAUUGAUAUUUAUGGACUUAAAGUAGUACAAGCGUACAUGGGAUACAUUCAAGAUAAUGCUGAGACUGCUGUUAAAGAUCUACUGAAGACUGUCGUUAAAUCUUUGGCUGAAAAAGAAAAUGAAACUGAUAAAGAUCACACUAAAUUGCAAGCAUUUGAUUUUAUGGAUGAUGGAUCUAGAAUUUGUCUAAAUGUGGAAAUAAAUGGCAAAGAACAAAGGGCAAAAUUCGACUUCACGGGUACGAGCGAACAAGUAUGGUACAACUGGAAUGCACCUCGAUCGAUCAGUUACUCAGCAAUCAUCUAUUGUCUCCGUGCUAUGAUUGCGCAUGAAAUACCAUUGAAUCAAGGAUGUAUGAGACCGAUUGAAGUCGUUCUACCACAAGGUUCGUUACUUGAUCCACACAAAGAUGCUGCAGUCGUUGGCGGAAAUGUUUUAACUAGUCAACGUGUAGUCGACGUGAUUCUUCGAGCUUUUGGCGCUUGUGCAGCGUCACAAGGCUGUAUGAAUAACAUCACAUGGGGUGAUAACAAAGCAACCAGUUAUUACGAAACAGUAGCCGGUGGAGCAGGUGCAGGUCCUACAUGGCAUGGUCGAUCAGGUGUUCAUACACAUAUGACGAAUACUCGUAUAACCGACCCCGAAAUUCUUGAAAAACGGUUUCCUGUCGUUUUAUUAAAAUUUUGCCUUCGUCCACAGUCUGGUGGUCAAGGUAAAUUUCGUGGCGGUGAUGGUGUUGAUCGACAAAUACUAUUUCGUCGUCCGAUGACAUUAUCAGUGUUAACAGAGCGACGUGUACAUCAACCUUACGGUCUCGAUGAAGGUGAGAAUGGUCAAUGUGGUAAGAAUCUACUGAAACGCGCUGAUGGACGUUUGGUAAAUCUGGGAGGAAAAUGUUCUGUACCAAUGCAACCUGGCGAUAUUUUCAUUUUACUCACACCUGGCGGAGGUGGAUAUGGAAAAGUAGACGAUGAUCACAAGUACGAUUCCGAGCAGAUGAAAUUUCAAUCGUUUGUAGAACGCGGAAGUUUAUUUGAUUACAGAUUGGCUCAAGAAGGUGUCUGA